CGCAGAGCUCACUCCUCUCCUUCCUCCUCGACGUUCAUUUUUCAGCAGAGCUUCAAAUUCCCGAAGCAAAACCCUAAUUCGAAGCUAAAAACCCUACCAAAAAAUGAACUCCACUCUCUCAAUGAACUCAUUAUUUAUCACUCCUCUCAGUCCGCCACCCGUUUCCCACCUCAGCACUUCCAUAACUCACAUUCUCCCAGUAACCCACCGUCGUUUCUCACACAACACCCUCAGGAAAAACUUUACCAUUGAAGCUGCCGCUGGUUCUAGCAAUCCCACUCCAUCUCCCCAGCUUUCCCCUCUGAAAGCCGCCGCCUGCGCUGUCAUUUUCACUGCGGCAGCAUUUGGGAAGUUCCCUCCUUUGCAUGCUAGAGCGGAGAUUUCAUCGCCGCCGGAAACCCUAAUAGAAGAAUUAUAUAACGAAGACACCCAACAAGAAGAAGAAACGUCUCAGCAUUCACCCCUGACCCAAUUUUCGGAAUCCAGUUCCGAGUCCGUUGACGCAUUGAAAAACCUCCUCCAGGAAAAACUUGAGGCGGGUGAGGACGAAGAAAGCUUAUCCAUAUUAAGAAAAUUAUCCUCCGUUCAACCCGACAAUUUGGAAUGGAAGUUUUUUAUCGCUAGGCUUUUGAAUGAAAUGGGGAAAAUUCAAGAGGCGCGGGAUGCAUUUGAGGACUUUUUGGCGAAAAACCCAUUAUCUUUUGAGGCCUUAUUUGAGAAUGCCUUGUUGAUGGAUAGGUCGGGAGAGCGGGAGGCUGUGAUGAGGCGGUUGGAGGAGGCACUUAGAGUUGCUGAAAGUGAGGAGAAGGUAAAAGAGGCAAGAGAUGUGAAGUUGAUAAUGGCGCAAAUGCAGUUCCUUCACAAGAAUGUCGAUGAGGCUUUGAGGAGUUAUGAUGAGCUCGUGAAAGAGGAUCCGUCUGAUUUUCGUCCCUAUUUUUGUAAAGGGAUGAUCUACAGUUUGAUGGAUAAAAAUGUGGAGGCCAGGGAGCAGUUUGCCAAGUACAGGGAACUUUCGCCUAAGAAGUUUGAAGUUGAAGGGUAUUUAAGGACGCCAUUGUCAAGAAUGAAGCUUUUUGGGACGGAUUAAGAGAAUUGAGAUUGGUUUUUCUUUGGACUUUAUUGAGUUCUGCGUUGAAGUAUCUGAUUAAAUGGGGUCGAUUUAUUUUUUCAGAGCUCAAGCGGCUGAGGAUAAAAUUUGAUUUGGCGGACUUUCUUAUUGAUCAGCUUAGAAAAAGAUGGGGAGUUUUCCCCUUGCUCUACACAAACGCUAUUUAACAUCAUAGAUAAAGAAUAAGGUAACUCCCAGUUAAGGUUGAGAGUGUGACAUACAUGUCCCUGUUCUACGGCAGGCUUAGCAAAAAUUCUUGAGUUUUAUUGAAUUUGAACAAUCUAUACUC